UCGCACAUAUACAAAUACCCCUUUGCUCUCUUCCUCCUCAUCCUCAUCCCAAGUCCGAGUCCUCUGAAUCCAUCUUGUUCCAUUCUAGCUCCUUCAUAGCCUCCCUUUCUCUUCUUCUCGCUGUCUUACCAUGGCCACAACUUGGAGGGCCCUGAAACGCGGCCAGAAGAUCCCCUUCGUCAAGAGGAGCCCCGUCGGGAAUCCGUUCAUGGAGCCAUCGAUCCCGACGCAUUUCCGCUGCCCGAUAUCGCUGGACCUCAUGAAGGAUCCGGUGACCGUGUCCACCGGAAUCACCUACGAUCGACAGAGCAUCGAGACAUGGUUCGAGCAUGGGAACCAGACAUGCCCGGUCACCAACAUGGUGCUAAAGAGCGAAGACCUCAUUCCCAACCACUCGCUAAGGAGGAUGAUACAAGAUUGGUGCGUCGCGAAUCGCUCGUUAGGCGUGGAAAGAAUACCCACGCCGAGGAUCCCGGCGAGUCCGGCUCAGGUAGCGGAGCUGCUAUCGGAGAUCGCUUCAGCCAGCCGGCGGGGAGACCAUGCCCGGUGCCGAGAGUUGGUGGGAAAGAUCAAAGCUUUGGGGAGGGAGAGCGAGCGGAACCGGCGGUGCAUCGUCUCGGGUGGUGCUGGCCGUGUCCUCUCUGCCUCUUUCAGCGAAUUGGCUGCAGGAUCUCUUGAGAGCUCAACCUCAGGAGUAUUGGAGGAGAUCCUGUCGGCGCUGGCUGCUUUCUCUCCACUUGAUGAGGUGGCUCGCCGGCAGCUUGGAUCACCGGAGUCUCUGAAAUCCUUCGUCUCGAUCUUAAAUUCCAGAGAUUUGGCAGGAAGGCUUAACGCUGUCUUGAUGCUAAAAGAGCUCGUCUCUUCGUUCGAUACCGACCGCAUCAAUGUCGUGGCAGAGACCGAAGGAUUGAUCGAAGCAUUGGUCAAGCUCAUCGAGAAGCCCAUUUCACCUCAAACAACAAAGGCCUCUUUGGUGGUUACCUUCUAUUUGCUUUCCUCGAGGGGCGAGAAGGCGGCCAUGAAGUUUGUGGAGAUGGGGUUGGUCUCCCUUCUUCUAGAGAUCCUUGUUGAUUCCGAUAAGAGUAUGUGCGAGAAGGCCCUUGCGGUCCUUGAUGGAGUUCUUAAGUGCAAGAAAGCCAGAGAUACAGCUUAUGAUCAUUCACUGGCCAUGCCCGUCUUGGUUAAGAAGAUGUUUCGGGUUUCGGACAUGGCCACCGAGUUUGCCGUCUCGGCCCUGUGGAAGCUCUGCCGGAGUUACAACCAGGAAAGAGGGGAGAGAGAAGGGGAAGGAUGCUUGGUGGAGGCUCUGCAAGUGGGGGCAUUUCAGAAGCUGCUGCUCCUACUGCAGGUGGGAUGCACUGGUGCAACCAAAGGGAAGGCAAGCGAGCUGUUGAAGCUUUUGAAUGGCUUCAGGGGAAGAGGGGAAUGCAUUGAAACUGUGGAUUUGAAAGGACUAAAGAGACCCUUCUAAUCUUUCACAUGAUUGAUACAGGAGGAAAAGAGAGAACAUGUAGACUUUUUAGAUUUUGUGAAUAUUCAGUGGACAAAGAUACACAGAUUGUUUUGUUAGAGAAUACAAAUAAAUCCAUUGUUUCCUGCAAA